GGUCGGAGAACUGUUGCCGCUAGCAUCGUUUCCCUUUCUUGGGAAUUUAUUUAUUUAUUAUAUUUAUAUCCCGUUUUUUUAAAGGACUCAGAGCGGCUUACAUCAUUCUCCUUAUCCUCAGAAGAACAACCCUGUGAGUUUUGAUGGCUGAAGAGAGUUUCUUAUCCUGUCCCCAAACUAAUGGUUUAUGAAGUAUUUCAUCUUUAUGGUUGCAUCUUAAGAGAAAGCAAGACAUUGGACAUGCUGGGUCGACAUCUCUUUUUUACAUUCAACAACCAUAUUCAAUUCUACGCGUAGUCCCGUUUCUCAAACCAAUGAUAAAAAGUGUUCCAAGAUUGAUAGAAUUUUCAGGUAAAAAUCGAUAGAUUGCUUUGGUCAACACUUUUCAUCAAGGAAGAAUCCUUUUCGAAUUGAAGAUGACUACUACUCUUUCAGUGCUACAAGAGGAACUGUCUUCUGUUAAUGGCGAGCUGAAGACAUUGGAGAUCCAGAUUCAAGAACUUCUUGAGCAUCAGCAAGAGCUGCUUCAGAAGAAAACAGUCCUGGAAAAGAAGAUAAAACAAUUUUCUGAAUCAGAGAGUGGGAGCAGCAAAGAGAUAAAUUCUUCAACUGAGGAGUGGAACAAGGAAGAUUUUCCAUGGUCCACAACGGUCAGAGAUGCAUUGCAAAAUACCUUCAAGCUCCGAAAAUUUAGGUCUCUCCAACUGGAAACAAUCAAUGUGACUAUGGCGAGAAGAGAUGUGUUCCUUGUCAUGCCUACUGGGGGUGGAAAAAGUCUGUGUUAUCAACUGCCAGCAGUAUGUUCAGAUGGGUUCACGCUUGUGAUCUGUCCUCUGAUUUCACUUAUGGAGGAUCAGCUAAUGAUGUUGGACCAUUUGGGAGUUUCCGCAACUUUACUAAAUGCCUCAAGCAGCAAGGAGCAUGUGAAGUGGGUUCAUUCCGAAAUGCUCUCUCGCAGUUCUCAGCUAAAACUCAUCUAUGUGACUCCAGAGAAAAUUGGAAAAAGCAAGAUGUUCAUGUCAAAGCUGGAGAAGGCUUACCAAGCGGGAAGGCUUUCCCGCAUUGCAGUGGACGAGGUUCAUUGUUGCAGCCAGUGGGGGCACGACUUCAGGCCUGAUUACAAGUUGCUCGGUAUUUUAAAACGGCAGUUUCCCAAUGCACCAUUGAUUGGAUUAACUGCAACAGCAACAAGCCACGUUCUGCAUGAUGCUCAGAAAAUCCUCUGCAUUCAGAAGUGCAUCACUUUCACAGCAUCAUUUAACCGACCCAACCUGUAUUACGAGGUACGGCAGAAGCCAUCAACAGCUCAGAAUUGCAUGGAAGAUAUUGUUAAACUCAUCAAUGGAAGAUACAAGGGCCUUUCAGGAAUCAUCUACUGUUUUUCCCAGAAGGACGCUGAACAAGUUACCAUGAGUUUACAAAAACUGGGCAUUAAAGCAGGCACUUACCACGCGAAUAUGGAACCUAGAGAUAAGAGCAAAGUUCACAAGCUGUGGUCUGCCAAUGAAAUCCAGGUUGUGGUGGCCACGGUUGCCUUUGGCAUGGGAAUUGAUAAACCGGAUGUGAGGUUUGUAAUACAUCAUUCAAUGAGCAAAUCCAUGGAGAACUAUUACCAAGAGAGUGGGCGUGCAGGUCGGGAUGACCAGAAAGCUGACUGCAUUUUAUAUUACGGUUUUGGGGACAUAUUCAGAAUCAGUACAAUGGUGGUGAUGGAAAAUGUAGGGCAACAGAAACUUUAUGACAUGGUUUCCUACUGCCACAACAUGACCAGAUGCCGUCGAGUCCUGAUAGCUCAUCACUUUGACGAGGCCUGGGACUCUGCCAGCUGCAAUAAUAUGUGUGAUAACUGCUGCCAGGAGGCAUUGGUUGAGAAGAUGGAUGUGACAGGUCACUGCCAGGAUCUCAUCAAGAUUUUAAAGCAAGUGGACCAAAUGAGGGAGAAAUUCACUCCUCUGAAACUGAUUGAGGCCUGGCUGGGGAAGGGUCUGUCCAGACUGGGAGUGGAAGUUGUUGCUCCCAAGGUUCCCCGUGAUGUGCUGGAGAGGAUUGUUGCCCAUCUGAUCCUCCAGCAAUACCUGAAGGAAGACUUCAGUUUUACUGCAUUUGCUACAAUAUCAUAUUUGAAAACUGGGCCCAGAGCAGAUCUGCUAAAAAAUAAGGCUCAUGUUAUCACUAUGCCGGUAAUAUUGAACAAAAAAAGUAUUACUAAGGUCGGAUCAGGUCCAUUAUCCAGUCAGGGAAGUUCAACUGGAAAGAAAAUUGCGGUUACCCACAAAAAGCGCAGUCACUCAGAGGACCACAUCCAAGCAAAAAAGGCUAGAACUGGGGGAAAUGAAGAUGAUGAACCAGUGAUGAUAGAAGAUUAACAAGGUGGAUUUCCCAAUGUCCUUGACUAGUUACUAUUUGGCUGGACGGAGGACAGCCCAACGGCAGUAUGUCUUACAUUUUUAAAACCAACGUAUCCUGGAUGUGCAAUGAAUGCAAAGAAAACUGUAAUGCUACAGGGACAAGUGGCUGAAGUAACCACUGUUCUUCAUUAGCUGCUGUCAAUUGUGUACAAAGUCAUUUCAGUAAAGGACAUAGAAUGUUUCUUACA